GAGAGAGAGAGAGAGAGAGAGAAAGAGAGAGAGAGAGGCAUGCACAUCCAACACGCAUGGCUCCUCUCCUGCUUUAUCAAAAAACCCUCUUAAACUACGGAUACACUGACUCAACUUGAAACGUAAAAAAAAAACAAAAAACUUGCGUGUAUAUCGUGCAAUGAGGCUCAGCUCGGAGGCUGUUGUGUAAAAGCCACGGAGGAAUAGGAGGAGGAGGAGAAGGAGGAGAAGAAGAAGAAGAAAAGGAGGAGGAGAAGGAGGGAGGAGGAGGCCUUUGACAGUUUCUGGACUGAUGGCUCCGCAGUGACAUGCCAUGGCUUUAACGAUCCCCCCGGUGAAACUGAAAUGGCUCGAGCACCUCAACAGCUCAUGGAUCACGGAGGACAGCGAGUCCAUCGCCACGCGGGAGGGAGUCACGGUGCUCUACUCCAAGCUGCUGGCCAACAAAGAGGUGGUGCUCCUCCCGCAGCAGGUGCUCUGCCUCAAAGGUCCCCAACUGCCCGACUUCGAGCGCGAGUCCCUCUCCAGCGAUGAGCAAGAGCACUACCUCGACGCUCUGCUCAACAGCCAGCUGGCGUUGGCCAAGAUGGUCUGCUCCGACUCGCCGUUCGCCGCCGCCUUACGCAAACGGGUGCUGGUGCUCCAACGCAUCUUCUACGCCCUCUCCAACAAAUACCACGAUAAAGGGAAAGUGAAGCAGCAGCAGCACUCGCCGGAGAACAACUCGGGCUCGGCCGACCUGCACUCCGUCAGCGAGCGGCCGCGGUCCAGCACCGACGCCCUCAUCGAGAUGGGCGUGAGGACGGGCUUGAGCCUCCUCUUCGCUUUGCUGCGGCAGAGCUGGAUGAUGCCGCCGCCACCGGGACCCGGCGGAGCGCCAGGCGGAGGCAACAUCAACCUGUGCAAUGACGUCAUCCACACGGCCAUCGACGUCGUUAGCUCGCUGCCGCCGCUGUCUUUGGCUAACGAGAGCAAGAUCCCGCCGAUGGGGCUGGAUUGUCUCGCUCAGGUCACGACGUUCCUGAAGGGGGUCACCAUGCCGAAUUCGGGGGCGGAUAUCUUGGGGAGGCGGUUGGCGUCGGAGCUGCUGCUGGGUUUGGCGUCGCAGAGGGGGUCGCUGCGGUACCUGCUGGAGUGGAUCGAGAUGGCGUUGGCGGCGUCGGCGGUGGUGAGCACGAUGGAGCAGAGCAAGGUGCAGCUGAACCAGGAAGGACUCAUCGGAUACGACUGCUUCAUGAACAUACUGAUGCAGAUGAGACGCUCGCUGGGCUCGUCAGCUGAUCGCAGCCAGUGGAGAGAACCAACGCGGACGUCUGACGGCCUCUGCUCGCUGUACGAGGCAGCGCUCUGUCUCUUUGAAGAGGUGAGAUAA